AACACAUUUGUACACUUCAGCCAUUUAGCACCAGCCACUCAAAUAUUUUACCAUGGUACCACAUAAAACGUUUCAUAAAACACUCCCCAAAACGCGCGACAUGCAGAAGGCUGCAGGGAUUGAGCGCGGCAAAGACGCGGUAGGCGGCAGCGGCAGCGGAAGCGGAAGCGACAAAGUUUGCUGGUAUUCAUCAUGGCACGCGUGUCUGGGCGGCACUUUCUGAUACGGACCCUGAGAUUCGUUGGUGUGAAUAUAACCGUUGGCGCGCCCGCCUGCCCACUCGCCAUCUGGAGCAGCAAUAGUCAGGUUGUAGCUGGUGUCCCCAAUAUUAAACUUGUUGACCGCGGCUCAGGUGGUGUCGCCAGCCUCCACUUCGCCUGAACUAGAAACGGAACUUCUGAAGAUUAGCUUUCGAAAACAUGUGGAUUUAUAACAACGUGAAAUAAAGUGAUUGGCGAGGGAUGGUCUCCACUUGCUGCAAGACUGGGAGAGGGGUUCCAGGAGUCUGGUCUAAACACUCGACAUCGAGCGAGGCCGGACUCUCAUACAAGUAGUCGGACAGCAGUAUGGAUAGCCAAGAGAGGCUAAACAAAAUGGCGAGGCUGGUUUUCAACAAGGAUAACCUGAUGCAAAUAAAAGAGGGACUUAACCUUCUGUUUGACCUCUUCAUCGAUGUCAUCGACACACCCUUUGAACAUGGCAACUGCUUCACACACAGCGAAGUUAUGCUUCGUUUCGAAAGUGUGGAACAGAAAAAGUGGCGGCCAGUCAGAAAUAUGUUUCUGUUAGAUCCUUUCUAUGGGUAUGUACAAGGGGAUUUCAGCGACGAAGAGAAGACAUCCCUGCCAAAGUUCUUUUGGACAUGAUCAACGUCUUCAACCAGAUUCGCCAGGACUGUGUGCAAAAACUGGAGGGUUAUCAGAAGAUGUUUGCGGAAGUUUCCAAAGAGAAACGGCAGUUAGAGGCUCAUCUCGCCAAACUGGAGCUGAAGGAGUCGGAACAGCGUGUGGCCUCAACACAAGAGAAAACAGAAUACAAGUCUGCGAGAUCCACCAUCGAGUUCCUGGAGAAAGCACUGAAGGAAAAAAAUGAAAAGAUUGCAGAAUUGCAAAGACAGAAGAACGUACAGCUGUGGGAAAGAGAGAAGGAAAGAGUCUUAGCCGACUCCCAAAAGAAAAUGGAGGUUCUAGAAGGACAGGUGGUCGACUUAAGGAGACAGAACGCAUCCUUACAGAAAAAAUAUUCAAUGGUGGAUGACCAGUACAAACGACUCAGACUGAAGAGUGAACUCACAGGUGGCCCGCUGAUGCCAGCAGUCAACAAAAGUGAAGACGAGCUGAAACGGCAGAUCUACUUGUUGGAAAAGGAUUUGACAGCACUGGAACAAGAACUUUACAACCAACAACGGACUUUUUCAACAGUUUUGUGCGGUAUUAAGACUGACUUAUACAUCGUUGGGGAGACGCUAACAGACCCCGACACAGGCCAGAUUCCGUUCAAGGAUUUUGUUCGUCUGAACAGCAUGGUCGACUCCCUUGCUACAGCAAUGGCAGAGGGCGACAUUGAAUCAGCACGGUCCAGCCUUCCACCGCACUACACAUACCUCCCGUCUGAUUUCAAAGUAAAACGUGUGAAGAGAGUGUCCAACGUAUCUCGGUUUAAGUUACCUCCUAUGCGCGGGAUAAGCUCACGGCAUUUAGUUGGGAAGAGAGGAAACAACGAAAAUGGGGGAGAGUUUGAUGAAUAUGAAGGGCCAAUAGAGGAGAAUCCAGAACUUGUAAAUCGUGAAACAAAUGUCAUCAAUUUCAUCAACUGCAUGAAGCACUUUCCUCAUCUGUCUGUGGAUUUCAUCAAAGAGCACUGGGCAAAGUUCAAAGAAUUCGAUGUCAACGGUGACUGCUCACUGGACUUUUCCGAGGUUGUGCGUGCACUAACCUCCAUGGGCCUUCAGUUCACCGCACAACAAGCGGAGGAAGCAAUGAAGGAGGCAGACGUAAACAGAAGUCGAUCACUGGACUUUUAUGAAUAUGUCCUGGUCGCCGACAAACUAGUUAGUAGAUCUGGAAGAUCGGAAUUGUUUCAUUCAAGUGUGGCAAACCAAGACCGCAGGGUGGUGGCCAGGACAUGCACUGUACAGUAACUUGAGAACUUCAAUGAGGAGACCAUUCCUUUGCUCAUUCGUUCAUUUUUGUCGCCUUACAAAAGUUGAGGAUUAUUCGAGACUACUUUGCUGAUGAUUGAUAAUGGUGAUUAUUUGUAAACAGCAUUUCCCCGUGUGAAUGCAAGCUCAGUGCUUUGCACACAAAAGACUACAAACGGAGCGACAAUCCGUCCAAAAAACAUCAGUGUCAGCAAACAAAUGACAACAGGAAAAAAAAAAAUGCGUGAGUGAAAAGUUAACGAAUGAUUAUUCAAGAUGGUUCUUAAAGAGAUGAGUUUCGAGACAGGACUUGAAAGUUUCGAGUACAGAGACAGUUCGAAGAGAAAGUGGCAGAGAGCUCCAAAUGGUUGGGGCCUGAAGAGGAGAAGUGUCUGAAGAAUUCCGAUACGUGGCACAGAGAGAAGGAAAACACAUCGAAGAAACCGAAGAAAAACUGGUUUAUUUCUUGAUAUUAUUAGACACAUGGAUGGAAGGAAUGAACACUAUGACUGACAGAAUGAAGGAGGCAAAGAAGGAAUUUCUGUUUCUUGCUUGCGAAGACGGAGUGAAAGGGGUGCACGUGCAAUUCUUACAGUAAACAUUGCGAACGAGAAAAGUUCUUCUACAACUGGGUGUCGGAUCCAUUGACAGUUGUUAUUCGAAAAGAGAGACUCGUUGUACACAAUAAAAUGUGAAUAAAGUAAAACUGUUCAUGCAA